AUGGAAUCAUGGCGACAACGAGGAUAUGUCCCCGACUCGGACGAGGAAGAUGGCUUCGAUUCUCUAGACUCGAAGAAGGGAAAUGUCGGAAACAGCCCUACUGUCGAAAAUCUCGAAUACAUCGACACCCCUUCAUCUUCGCCGAAGGAAGGGACAUCGAGUGUAGCGAAGGAGCAACAAGAGCACGUUCGGGCUGAAAAUGGCUCCAUUACACUCUCAGAUACAGAGGAGAUGGCUUACCGGAAUACGAAUCGACCAAGUCCUCACUUUACAAUUACCGCGCAUGACGAAACGACACCAAAACAAAGAAGAGGACGCAAGACCUACGGACCUCGAUCGUCGGCUACGAAAGCAACAAAUCGCCGCAGCAGCGAGACGUGUAAUACUAGUGCCUCCGCAAAGAAUUCAAACAGCAUAUACGAUUUCCCAACGUCAUCGCAGGAACAUGAAAGGUCUCUAUCCAAACGCUCGAGCUGCGAGUCUACACCAAAGCCCUUGAAGACCACACAGCCCUCGCAAUCACAUGUCAUAGCAGAGCCGCAUACCUCAAAGGCAACCACAAAAGAUGAAACCUCAAGCACUAGGAGCUCUUCGCCUGACGAGCUGACAUUGAUCUCUCAGCCACCUCAGAAGAAAAAGCCCGUGGUCCAGCACGUCCAGCCAAAAGAGCCGCCGCAGUUACCGCCACAAUCAUCGCUACAGGAGGAGGCUUCGGAUGAUGAUUCUCCACUCUCUUCUGUGCCGUCCUCUUUUGGCUCUCCGCCGGCCAAUGAUUCUACAGAACUACACCUAGAUGGUAUGAUGGAGGUGGAACCAGAAAGACCGGCAGGUGGGGAUGCAGAUCUACGACAAGCAGUGCUCGUUGAGCUAGAUGCCAUCCCAGAUGAUGUUCUGCCUCGCCUUGAUAUCCCCGAAGAAGUGUUGCGAGAAUUGCCGCAUGCUGCGCAAAGAACAUUCCGAAAGCGCAAUGCUAUCCAACUGCAACCUUAUUAUUUGGAACAGGUCAAGUUUGCUCAGCAAUUGCAAGCACGGGGCGUCAAACCGUUUGGUCGACCUGCACAGCAAAGACAGCAGGUAACUGAUGAAAGUCAAGGGCAAGAUUCAUAUGACCCUGAUGCACUUCCCUCAAGCCCUCCCCUGGAAGAGUAUCUUCCGCCGAUAAGAUAUGAACGAAAUCGUGGCCCACAAUAUGCUGCGCAAGGACAGGGGCGCAAAGAGUCAGAGCAUUCUCGAUCAUUGCAAGCUCAUGUGGCAAAGCGCCAGAAGACUUCUCAUUCUGGAACUCCUAAAGCACGUCGAAAUUUACACAAACCGUCUAAACCACGUGGUAUUAGAGACCGAAUUACAGAUACCGAAAAACAAGUCGGUAACUCCAUAUAUGAGCUAUCAUCUAGCCCCCCACAUGCAGGCCGUUUAUCUUCAACCUCAAGAACCCCGCGUGCCUCAGAAGGGGGGUUUCGGUUUCCUCGCGGGUGGUCACCGCCGGGAGAAUUUUCGAAAACUGGGGCGCAGGGAACAAAAGAAGCCAGCCGGGUCCAAUCAACUGGUGUGUGUAGAGAUGUUGACACGGAAGUACAGUCCAUCUCCUCCAACAGUCAGAGUGAUCCAGAAGAAACCGGUUCAGAUGCUGAAGAACGUGAAAUUCGACGAUUUCAACGAAUGAUCAGAGGAGCGCUCCCUGCGUCGCAUGCUCGGUUAGAUCAAAGGAAAAUCGCAGAUAGACAAAAAGUCUCGCAGCUAGAUCGUCAUGUUUCUUCACAACGGCCAGAUGGAAAGGGUGUUGCGCGGAAGCUCAUUAGAAAGAGUGAUCGCUCAAGGGAACCAGCAAUGCAACAAUCAAGGGGCUUGUUUGAUCUUGGAGAUUCUGACUCGGACGAUGAAGAAAAACGCAACGAUGCCACAGGAAACGUCUCCAUGACCAGUGACUCCAGCCAAAGCCUGACUGGCACUCUUAACCUCCAAGAAUCCUUCGCACUGGAAGGGGGUGAUAUCUCUGAAGAUAAUCGCAUCGACUACAUGAUUGGGCCUGUUCCGCGCAACUCGAAAGGCUCUCGCCACAAACCAAACAGUUUGAAAAGACCAAAAUCGAAAAUUGGUUCGUUCAACGGGGAAAGACAACGGAAGAGACCUCGACAAACCCGAAUGACCGAUGCCUCCUAUGGAACACGAAGGACCAAGAAACACUCAACUAUUCUGCGACCUAGAAUAGGAAUACUGGAUGCGCCAGAUGUUGCCACGAAGCCUCGAACAGAGCAAUCACGACUGCUCAGGGUAGCGGCAAGACGACCACGCUCACGUAAAGAUGGAGGCAGGCAGAGCCCUACUCAUAAAUUUGUGAAACUGGCCUCAAGAGAGGACACAAUAGAUGCAAAUGAGUCUCUACGAGACUGGCAAAGGGGAGUUAUUCGGCAGGCCAAGAUAUACCCACCUCGUUCCAGAGCUCCCCAACACAGGCACUGGUCAACCAAUCUUUCGAUGCUUAGUGCUCGAGCCAAAUCGAAUUCUAAUAUCGGCCGGAUACCGAACAAUAUCCAUGAUGCAGAGGUAGAUGCCGACUUUUCAAACACCAACACAGUUGAACUGGAACAUGCCCAGAUGGCACCCAAAUCUAGCGCAAUAUCAGUCCCGCCAAACCAAGCCCCCAUGGCCGAGUCCUUUUCCCGCCAAAAAACUGAUCAGCACGCUCGCACAUGGGUCAUUCCCAGGAAUGUUGCCAUAACAUCUUUGAAGAGGAACACUAUCAGGCCUGCGGCAACUAGUUUGGCAGGCCCUGGUAGAAGCCAAAAAAUGGUUCCGGCCAUGUUCAACCAGUCAUUGUCCCUCCUUAAUCGACACUAUAAAAACCAACGCACAUCACAACCUUACAAGCCCAGCUUGACCUUAGAUCGAUAUGUAUCCGACGGUGGAUCAUGGAGCACUGGAGGAAAUACCUCGCCCAUGAAUGCUUCUGUCACUGCUGCCGCCUCAGCUGAAGUACGAACUCAUGUGCCAACUCCCAAAGCCCCUGUAUCUCGACGGCGGUUGAAGAAGCACCCCCCCAACCGACUAAAUCUGGAUGCCGACGAAUUCCGUCAGAAUCCAGAUCCUGCUACCAUACUCUCCGAUGACUCCGAAUCUCCUACUGUAACGGGGGCCGUACCUGCACGUCCUUCAUCUUUCGGUGUUGGCGGGCUUUUCAACUGGCAACGCUUCUAUCCGGUCGAUUUUGGAAUCCCAUCCCUACGUGACAACACUUUCUUCCAUGAAAGUACCUUCAUAGGAAGUGGGGAAUUCUCUCGUUCAUUGCGAAUCGCAGAGCGGGACUUCGAUGGUGAUGCCGCUUUAUUCUCCAUCCAGCUCAGAGACGAAACAUUCCAAUGGAGUCGCUGGAACGAUAGAGUAUCAUCGGAGAUGGGGCAUGUUUUUGAUAUGAUUACCGACAACGUUGAGCGAAGUGCUGUUACCUCCCCAGAGACCGGUAUUACAGCAGCUCUAGGUGUGGCAUCGAGGUUAUACAGGUUAUUGAUUAAAUUUACUACUGGGAACCUGGUUUUCAUCGACCCAGUUGACCGUACAGGGUUUGUCACUAGAGCAAUGGGGCUGGUCUCCCAGGUGAAAGACCCGUUGGCUGCCUUUCUAACCAGCGACGAAUACAACAAGAGCGGGCUCGUCAAAAUUGCUUGCUUCAACAUGAUUUUCUCCAACCAGAUCUAUCAAGUUGCUUCUCAUCGGCUUGUCAGCCCUGCCCUUGCGGCUGAAGCUUUGGAUCUUGUCAAAACAUCUGCAAAAGACGUUGUAGGCUUGAUCACGUCUAAAGUUGGCUCUUCUGAGUUUGAACUGUUCUUCAAGGAAAACAACGAGCCUGGACGCCGCGAUUCGGGGAUUCGUGAUGAGUUCCCAUCAGCGGAGGCUUACGUCGUUACCAAACAUCUUUUACGCAGCUCAGACAUCCAUAAGGGCUACUUUGAAGAUCUUCAGCUUGAGACUUUCAACAAUCGUAUCAUUCGCAAUGAAAUGGAUGUGGGCAACCUAGAGGCUGGAUGGCGUGGGUUAUUUACAGUCUUGCCCCUCAACGAAAUAGACAUGCUUGGAAUUGCACGCCCUGGUUAUCAGUUGACAGCUGCCAAUGACAAUUGGAAAUUGGCUAAACGGCUUCUCGCCCCAGCUCUGGACCAGUUUGAGUCCAACUCCAAGGCGCAACCCUUCUCAUACAAUACCUACUGUCGAACCUUGUUCCUCAGAUGCCAUCGGCUCAUCAAUUCCUGGGGGUGGAGAGAAUGCAAACCUAUCCUGGACACGCUAUUCGACUUCUUCGCCAAGAACACCCUCCACAACCUGAAACUCGAGGAAGCUCGUGGAUCACCUUCAUUUCUUGACGAACUUGAUAGUAAUCCCUCUCUGGAUGCCCGAGUGGGGGAACCGUGCUUCCACACAUUUCUCAAGAUCGUAGCAAGUGGUCUUCGCUUCUUGGCAAAGAGAUAUGACACGAAAAAGAUUCGAAACUUUGCCUGGCGUCUUCUACCCAACCACGGCCGUGUAUACCCGAAAGAGCAGCCCUUGCAGCACGAAGACCUCGACGCACUAAGAAAUCACCACGAUCUUCUCAGCACCCUGUACUGGGCUGUCCCUGAUGGGUGCCGCCCUCGACUGGAGACAAUACGCAAUCUAGUUCAUCCUGCCACUUCACACCGUGAAGCGUGCAGCAUCAAUUUGCGCUCAUGGUCAAGGCUCGUUCGAUUUAAGCUUUCUACAGAUGAAGAAGUUUCGGGACUCGAUCCGUUUGGAGACUGGUAUGGUUAUUUUGUUACGGAGCUGCAGCAACAGCAUUCGUAUGCUCGUAAAGAGAUUGAGGCUCAAAACACAGGCGACAAUCGGGUUUCUCAACAGCUUGUUGAACGCACAAUCUCCCAGAACCAGCGGCAGAUUGAGACUUUGUUGAGCAACGCGCUUAGCGGGAUGCGAAUUGCCGUCCAGCUCGCUCCGAAACUGGAGCAUGCACACAGGCUUGUUCUGAGGACGCCUUUCGAGUCUAUCCUUACACUUUUCAACCCCAAGCUCCCGCGUGUGAACGUUGUUGUAUCUGAGGCUCUGCAGGUUCUGGUAGCAUACAUCCAGAAAGACGCCCCAGCUGCAACCACAUCAGAUACUCCCGUAGUGGUAAAUACCGAUGACGACAGCCAGGAGUUCGGUGACUGGGAUGCCAUUCAGGCCGUUUGGGACCAGCAGAGUUCCCUUAGCGAGGGCAUUGAAUAUGUACAGCAGGCUUUCCAUCCAAUUGUCUCUCGUCUCGUUUCGAAUUGCUUUGGCGAGGACCAUUGCCCCGAAGACGCGAUUCUUCUCAAUGUUGUAGAAUGCUGGACGUCAAUUGCCCAAGUUCUCAUUCGCCAUGGCCUCCGAAAUUGGGACAAUUACCUGAGCGAGUUUGGCGACGAUUCCUGGACGCGCCUUCGACAGACGGUUCAGACAAGAAAGUUCGCACCGCUAUUCCUCGCGGCUUGUAUUGAAAAAAAUGCGCAGAUUGUCUCUGAUUGCAGAAUCCAAGUUAUGAGUAUGUGGAUAUCCUCGCUAGUCGAGCGCUCCUCGAUGUUGAAAUUUCAACACCGUCUCACGGAGGCGCUUUUGAACGGAAGUCCCACAGAUCCAUUGCUUGCGAAUCUUCCAUUUUACAAGGAUAAGAAGAUCGGCAGGUAUUUAAUCACAUUGGAAGAAAUUGGCUCUCGGCGACAAUCUCUCCUCUCGAGCUUGUCGUCUAACAUGCGUGAGCAGCUCCUGAGCAUGGAACUUUCUGGCGAUCGGAACUUUCCUGUGACAAAACAAGAUUACUCCGAAAUCCUUCGGCGGGUGAUGACAUCCAUGAAAGACAACUACCAAGAGCUAGGUAAUGGAACAGCGCAGGCUGCCCAAGGAGAGUACGUGAUGUUUGUGCAACUUGUGAUCGGUUUCCUUCAGCAACAUACCAGCGACAUCCAACCCAUCGACCCCUUCUUCACAGACCCUGCUUCGUUCCCUCUUCCGUCUACUGACCCACGGUACAUUGUUGCGAAGCUUAAACGCUACGAGUCGAAGUUAUCUUCCAGCAAAGAGAUCCAGACGUUGACCGGGUUCGUCCAGAGCAUUUCCGAGCGUGCUGCCAUUGACGGCCAACAGAGCUACCUGGUUGAUCAACUGCACACAUCGAUGAAGAAUACCUACGAAGCUGGGGACCACGAAAAACCCACUCUCCGGGCCGUCCUCUUGCAAUCCGUGUUUCCAGUGUAUCUCGAAGCGACGCUUUCCAACCGCGCCGCCUGGAUCCUCAGCCGUCCCAUUAUCCAAACCAUCACACUGGAGUUUAAGAACCUUCUGUGUUACACAGACACUCUGGAUACAGCCUGUGUAUCGUCUGUCAUCGAUAUCCUUGAUGUAGUGUGCCGAGCCUCCUGUCAAGCAGUGACUGUUGUCGCCCUCCGUCGCCAUAGUCUGCAAAGCCCUGUAACUAUCCUCAUGCUUGCGGCGAUCCUUGAUAUGAUCUCUUCGGCCCUGCCAGUGGUAGAUUACAUCGAUCGAACCGCCGGCGCAGGGCAGGGUAUUCUUACGCACAUCAAGUGGAUCCGCGAUUUCACAAAAGCCGUGAGCACAAGUCUACAAAGCAUAGAUCCAGACGCAGACUUGUCUUCGAGCAGUGCUCAUAUCACAUUCCCUGCGGUGCCACCUCCAUCCGAUAGCAGGAAGACCAAACUACUCAGCACGGCUAACAACCUCGCCUCGAAUGACCUUCAAAUCUAUCUCAGAAAAUGGUCUUAUCAUCGGGGCAAGUACUACUUUACUCGUCCUGGUCACGACUCACAAGAGAUCCCAAUCGAACCUGAGAUGGCUGGUCUGGUGGCUAGUCCGAGUGAAGCGCAGAAGGUGUUUGAAGCUGCAGCUAGGGGAUUUGUUGAUCGUGCAAAGUUUCUGGAGUUGUUGACUUGA